AACCAUGGCAACCGACACAUGGAAGCGCGUUGCCCUGGUAACAGGAGGCGGGAGCGGCAUCGGUCGUGCCACGGCUGUCCGGUUUGCCGAGCUCGGGUACAGCUGUGUGGUGGCCGAUAUCAACGAGCCGAGCGCCAAGGAGACACUGGGCAUGCUCCAAACUCCGGGGCUCGCCGUCCAGGUGGACGUUACCAUGGCAACAAGUGUGGAAGCCAUGGUAACCGCCGCGGUUCAGCACUUCGGCCGGAUCGACUGCGCCUUCAACUGCGCCGGGAUUGAAGCAACUCCAGCCAAAACCGCAGAUCAGCAAGAAGACGAGUUUGACCGCGUGAUGGCGGUGAACGCCAAGGGCGUGUGGCUGUGUCUGAAGUACGAGAUCGCCCAGAUGCUGAAGCAGGAGCCCGUCGUGAGCGACCCGGCGAAAUGGGCCGACAAGCGCGUGUGCCGCUUCCGCGGGGCACGGGGCAGUAUCGUCAACGCCAGCAGUAUGGCAGGUUUGGGCCCAUUGGCGUACACGAGCCCCUACUGUGCGUCCAAGUUUGCGGUCCUCGGGCUGACCAAGACAGCCGCAGUGGAGUACGCCAAGGACGGGAUUCGCGUCAAUGCCGUCUGCCCAGGCCUCGUUGCCACUCCCUUGGCAGAUCGAGUGUGGGAAAUGUCGCCACCAGACUUUCGGGCGAUGCAGGACCCGAAGAUUUUCCCUGUCGGUCGCUUCGCGGUGCCCGAGGAGGUUGCCGAGGCCGUGUGCUGGCUCUGCAGCGACGCCUGUCCGUUCACUACGGGAGAGCACCUGAAAAUUGCGGGGGGAAUUUGAAGGGUGCUCCAGGCCUCAUCAACAGCCCCCCUCCCUGCAGGCAAUCACUCAUAUCUAAACUUCAUAAUCAUUGUUUCACACUGUAUACUAAUUGAAUAAAGU